AUGGCGGGCAAAUAUGACUUUGGAAAAGACACCCCAGACCUGGACGAUUGGGCUGGGGUGGUUGCCCAUGAAAUCUCACAUGUCUUGUCACUACCUCAUCAAAGCCAAAGCCCGCAUGCCUUGGACCAGAUGGAACUUAAUUCUGAGGCUUUUAGUAUUUCAUCAAAAAAGAAGAAAGCAUUCACGGACGCAUGUCAAGACAUGGUGAAUGCCAAGUCGUACUCAACGAGUACAGGAUUUAAGACGGAAUUCAGUCGGGAGCCGGAGCGAUAUGCCCCAUUUAAUGCUCCCCUGAGACUGCUCACAGACUUUUUCCCGAGAAUCGUGAAUUGGGAUUCGAUCACGUUUUACAACAGGCCCGUUGAUGCCAAGAAGAAAAAGACAGUCUUUAAUAAGAAGGACGGAGGCACUGUGCCGUUUUCGUCUUGGAAGAGCGGGCCAAAUCAAGCCGAUAUCGACCAGGUCAACGACAUAUAUAAAAGUCCCCUUGGUACCGUUGGGGCUCCGCCGGAUUACGAUUGUGAGGACUAA